AUGGCGGCGGCUCCUCCUGUGUCUUUCAACGUUGUGUUUGGAAUCAAUGAAACUCCCUUAACUCGCGCUUUAGAGACAAGACGUUUUGAUGAAGCAUUGGAGUUUAUUAACAGUCGAUACGGAAUGUGUUUGGAUGAGGGAUUUUACCAGAGGAUCCCACUUUACAUAGUUCUUUCUGGCGAGAAUUCUGCAGUUGAUGGCAAGGUCAUUCCAGUUCAUUUAAAGAUUGCACGACGGUUAAUAGAAAGAGGUAAAAUAUAUUGCAAGAAAUGCUUUCACUUUUGAUAGAUGUGUGGUCUAAUUUAAUUUAUAUUCUUUAAAGUCUUGACAAUAGUUUAUUAUUUUUUUGUGGUAUUUUUAGGGGCAGAUCCUAAUCUGAGAAUUCCAGAGGUAAAUACUACAGUUACGGUUGUUAUGCUCUGGUAGAGUAACUGAACCAAUACAUUUUGUUUGGAUGUUUUUUAAUUACUCAGGCCCUGAAUGAUGAAAAUUACUCGGCUUACGUCUACUAUGUAUCCAUUUUACCUCUGCAGACUAGUGGUGCUGAGUAUGUUGGACCAGGAAGGUCACCUCUGCAGUGUUUGGUCAGCUUCUACAAUCUGGUAACCAGCAAGGAUAACAUUGUCACAGAAGAAGCUCUCUCCUGUCAUCAAGUAUUGUCACUAAAUGGAAAAGAUAUUAAGAUCAAGGCAGACCUAGUUGAAGAACUAAUAAAUGCAGUCUGGUUGUUACUCGGUCAUGGUGCAGAUGUAAAUGUUCGAGAUGCAGAAAUGAAGACACCUCUGCAUUCAACACUGUUAAGAUCACAGGACUUGCGUAUGGCACAAGCUUUGUGUGAUAAUGGAGCUGAUCUUUUGGCAACUGAUUGUCUCGGAAAUACUCCUCUUAUGUCACUUUGUUGUCCAUUGCCGUGGCGUGAUGGCAUUGACCAAGGUCCUUGUCUUGACAGUGAUGUCAGUGAAGCUGUGCGUUUUUUGCUGUCAUUUGAAAGUGUAAAGGUAUGUUGGAAAUUUCUUAUUUUGUUUGAACAAGCACACUGAGUUUUCUAUUCUUAAAGAAUCAAGCAUGUCACAAUAAUAAUUUGUUCUAGUACUGAGGUUCUUUUCUUUUAUUACAAGUCAGAGAGAAAAAUCAUAUUCAAAUGCUAAUUUGUAGACUGCAAGUAUUGUAGACUCCGGGGGGGGGGAACUUUAGGAAUUUUUGUGGGGGGGGGGGAUGUGCCGCUGGGACCCUAGAACCCUUAGCCUAUACCAGAGGUUCAGCUGAUUUUUCAGAAUUACUUUCCUGGCUUUUACGAAUGUAAUAACGAUAAAAAAAGUAUAUUAUUGUUAUUAUCGAGAAUUGUAUAUCAGGCUUUUUUUUCACUUUUAGUGACAGGUGGUGUUCUUUGAACAGGCAAAUGAACCCAGAAUAAAAGUUGUUAUCUUAAGAUUUUACAACAUAUUUAUUAAACUUAUGUCUCCAAAUUUUUUGUUGAUUUAUUCCUGCUACUGUUCAUGAUUGAGUUAGAAUGAUUGGACAUCGUGCCUCUUCAAACAAGAGAAUUUAUUUUUUAUUUUUUUGCAACAAUACCCCACAAAGCAAAACUAACAUAGUGAAUAACAAAAGAAAAAAAAAUUUCUGCCUGUGUUAUUGUUUAUACUACUACAUGAGAAAUUUCUGCAAUCUGAUUGGCCUAGAGCAGUGGUAUUUCAGCUUAAUUUGAAAUACCUACAUGUGAAAAUUACAAACCUUUUGCGGGUAGUAGUAUAAACAAAUAAUAGCAUGAUUUGUAUGUGAUAUUUGGCAUAAAUACCACUCGUGAUAUUUCAAAAUUGUCUCAAAUUUCACUCGCCUAACGGCUCGUGAAAUUACAUAUAACAAUUUCAAAAUAUCAUUCGUGGUAUUUAUGCCAAAUAUCACUACAAAUCAUGCUAUUACCUAUACUAAUUGUAUACUAGACAAAGCCAUGCAGGCAGAUACAUCUGAACUAGUUAUAAUUAUUUCAUCAAACUGGCAAGCAUAUGCUUUCUGCACUUUCACAAUACCGAUAUACAUGUAGGUCUGCAAUGUGCCAGUAUAAUAUAAUUACCGUAUUUAGGCGAUCAACGUGUCCACCUCGAAUAAGCAUCCCUUCCAAUACAUAUUUUCUUUGCAUAUUAGUUUGUUGAUCUUUGAUUUCAGGAUAAUGUUACUUUUGGUUUUGUUUUGUUCAAGAUCAACCACUGUGGGAUUCACAGCAGGACAGUUCUGUUCUAUGCCAUGCAGUCAGGCAACUUCAAAGUUGCAAAGAUUCUUCUUGAUCAUGGAGCAGACCCCAGCUUGCGAGGAUUGGGACCAGAUGGAAGGUGUGAUAACUUUUUUCAUUGCUCAAGUCAAUUGAGAGGGUGUGCAGAGAAAGGCACCAAGUGACUUUUGAUCUAGUGCAAAUUCUCCCCAUAAUUCACAAGCAGAUACAGGGCUAAUUGAGAAGGGAAUCUAGGGGUUUAUCAGUCAAAGUCACUUGUUGCUAUAAAUUCCGACCACCCCGUGACAACCUUUUGUGUUGUUCUAACUUUUAAGUCUGUGGAUCAUGACAAAGUCCAGAGGAAUAUGACCAUUUAACUUAAGCCUUCUUAUAAGUGCUUUUGUAAAUUAUUUCUGUAGAUUCUUUGCCCAGUUGUUCAAAGGCCGAUUAGCGCUAACCCGGGGUUAAACUUUAAUCUGAGUUUCUUUUUCUUUUGUUCAAAAGCAUUUUCUCAGAUAAUUUUCUCAAUUCAUUUUAGAGCAUCCAAUCAAAUAAUUAUUACCGGUAGAAUGAACCAAAGUUGAUUUUCAUCAAAUUUAAUCGUUGCUAAUUAAAAUAAAUAUAAAUCCACAUGAAUUCUCUGUAUCAUUAUUACUACACUUGGCUGUUGAUUUUAUGUGCAAUUUGGUAAAACUAAUAUGAAACAUUUACAGGGGAAAAUUGACAUAUCCUCCAAAAUUUAUGCAACAUCGUUGAGUACAGUUUCUGCUGAAUACAGAUUCUCAUCAUAAGUGAAUUAACAAGUCAUAUUAUAGUAAUAAAAAAAAUUUUUUCUUAAAUUUUGACUUUUUGUUCUCCGAGCUGGGGAAAAAUUGUUUGUUUGACAUUGAUUAAUUCACCCACCAAAAUUGUUGAAUAGUGUACAGUCUUUUCUUGAAGACUACAACAGUAAACAAAGGAGUCAUUAUUACUUUAAUGGAUGUCUACUACAUUUUCCAUUUAGUUGUUCACCUCUUAUUUCUAUAUGUAAAGUAAACUGGAGGAAAUUGUCAGUUUUUACUGUUCAUCUUCUUUGCUUUUAAUCAUAACCAUUGCAAUUUCCCCAAAUUUGAUUGGUGCAUUAACUGCUUUACUUUUCACUAAUCAUUGUGUAGGGUUGUAAUCAGACAGUUGGCUGUAAUCUUAUCAGACACCUGUUAUCGGACAUUUACAUCAGCCAAUCAUACAAAGUACACUCAGCUAAAUCCACCAAUCACAGAACCACUUACCCUACCAAUUCAAACUGGGGAUUUUCCAAAAUGGACUAAUUUGUAACGUUAGACAGUAAAAGGGCUUUGUGUCAUCCAAUUUGGUCUGCCAUGAUACGCGUGAUUAACAAAUCGGACUCCUGCUACACGGGCGUCCGAUUUUGUUAAUCACUUGUAUGAUUACGAACCGAGUUUGACUCCACUCAGUUCUAUUACCAUCAUUAAUUUUUUUCAGAUACGUAUCACCAUUACUAGCUGCUGUUAUUCCAUGGUCCUCCAUUGGUCGAAAGGACAUUCUGCUUACUUGCCAUGAACUUGCUCCGUUGGUAGAUAGCGGCUAUUUCUCCACAGAAGAAAUUUUGCUGGAGAUGCUUGAGUAUGCGUCCUGGGGAAAUUCAAGCGAUGAGUCCUUGGCAAACCUCAAACACUUCGGAAUCAGCUUAAUUCCAAUGCUCUUUGGACAAAGUAUGUGCAAAUUGGUGCAGCUGGCAUCAAGAAGAUUCAUAGAUUGUAGGUUUACAGGCAGAGCCUAUGGCCAGUUGUCAUCAAGCGAAGUGAUGUGUUUGGUGAAAAGUCAAGGUCUGCCGAUUGAAAUUGUCACAGACUUUCAAAUUGUCUUGUUACGGCAUAAGAUCUUAAACGCUUUGGCAGAAACAGACUGGGACUUGUGGGAUGUGGAAGAGUUUAUGUUAGAUGAAAGCAGCGAAUAUGAUGAAUCGGAUGACGAAUAUUGGUGA